AGACCUCCUUGGAAGCAUAUCAUCUCCCAUCACUUCCUAUUCAUACCUACCUUACGACUCCUUCACACAUACUCGGGCUACCAUUGCCCUUUCAAGCACACACGAUAGUAUACAGAUAAGGUACCAUGGCACCAACAGCCAUCGCUGACCUCGGCGAGACCUACACUGCCGGCCAGAAGCUGGAAGACGUCUCCGACGCCGUCGACGACGUCAACUGCAUCAAGUACGACUCAGAGUCCAAGUUCGACGCCAGCAAGGACAAGACAAACUUCCGCCAGUACGAGGAUGCCUGCGACCGGGUCAAGAACUUCUACAAGGAGCAGCACGAGAAGCAGACCGUCGCCUACAACCUCGCUGCUCGCAACCGCUUCCACAGCGCCUCGCGCGUGCGCCCGGAAAUGACCGUCUGGGAGGCCAUCGAGAAGCUCAACACCCUGGUGGACGAGUCCGACCCCGACACGUCGCUGUCCCAGAUCGAGCACCUGCUGCAGUCCGCCGAGGCCAUCCGUCGCGACGGCAAGCCGCGCUGGAUGCAGGUCACCGGCCUGAUACACGACCUCGGCAAGCUCAUGCUCUUCUUCGACGACCUCGGCACCCAGGGCCAGUGGGACGUCGUCGGCGACACGUUCCCCGUCGGCUGCGCCUUUGACAAGCGCAUCAUCCUGUCCGACACCUUUGCCGGAAACCCCGACACCAAGGACCCCGUGUACUCGACCAAGUACGGCAUCUACUCGCCCGGCUGCGGCCUCGACAACAUGAUGCUCAGCUGGGGCCACGACGAGUACCUCUACCACGUGGUCCGCGACCAGUCGACGCUGCCGGACGAGGCGCUGGCCAUGAUCCGCUACCACUCCUUCUAUCCCUGGCACCGCGAGGGCGCGUACCGGGAGUUUAUGUGCGACAAGGACUGGGCCAUGAUGAAGGCUGUGCAGGCGUUUAACCCGUACGACCUGUACAGCAAGAGCGACGAUGUGCCGAGCGUGGAGGAGCUGAAGCCGUAUUAUCUCGAGCUCAUUGACGAGUUUUUUCCGCAAAAGGUGGUCAAGUGGUGA